AUGCUAUGGACAAUAGAAGCACUGUAUGUAAUUUUGAUUGCUGGUGAAUUGACUAUAGGGAUUUUGGGAAAUGGAUUCAUUGUACUGGUUAACUGUGUGGACUGGCUCACAAAGAGAGCUAUCUCCUUGGUUGACAUCAUCCUGAUGAGCUUGGCGAUCUCCAGAAUCUGUUUGCUGUGUGUUAUAUCUGCAGAUGGCUUUGUUAUGGCACUCUUUCCAGAUAUACAUGACAGUGGUGAGCUAACAAGAAUUUUGGAUGCUGUCUGGACACUGGCCAAUAAUUUGAGUGUCUGGUUUACUUGUUGCCUCAGCAUCUUCUAUUUACUCAAGAUAGCGAAUAUAUCUCACCCAUGUUUCCUCUGGCUGAAGCUAAAGAUCAACAAGGUGAUCCUUGGAAUUCUUCUCGGGUCCUCUCUCGUCUCCUUAGUUAUUAGUGUUUCAAUGAAUGAUGAUAUGUGGUGCCAGUUCUUAAAGACCAUUCAUGAAGGAAACAUAACUUGUCAAUUCAAAGUGAGUAAAAUCCCAAAUGCUCUCAAACAGAUUACUUCAAACCUGGGAGCUAUGGUUCCUUUUACUCUUUGCCUGAUCUCAUUUUUCUUGCUACUUUCCUCACUGUUUAGACACACCAAGCAGAUGAAACUUCAUGCCACAGGGACCAGAGACCCCAGCACACAGGUCCACAUGAAGGCUAUAAAGGCAGUGGUCAUCUUUCUACUCCUCCUCAUUUUGUACUAUGCAAUCUUUCUUGUAAUGACAUCUAGCUUACUGAUCCCACAGGGAAAAUUAGUUGUGAUGAUUGGUGGUGUAAUAGCUCUCAUUUUCCCAACAAGCCAUUCAUUCAUCCUGAUAAUGGGAAACAGCAAGUUGAGGGAAGCUUUCCUGAAGGUGUUAAGGUCUGUGAAGCGUUUCCACAAAGGAGGGAAGCCCCUUUGUUCCAUAGAGAGAGUAUCCUAA